GGAAAUCCAUGCUGCUGUCGGCCAUCGGGAAGCGGGAGGUGCCCAUCCCGGAGCACAUUGACAUCCACCACCUGACCCGGGAGAUGUCGCCCAGCGAGAAGACGCCGCUGCAGUGCGUGAUGGAGGUGGACACGGAGCGGGCCAUGCUGGAGCGGGAGGCCGAGCGCCUGGCCCACGAGGACGCCGAAUGCGAGAAGCUGCUGGAGCUGUACGAGCGGCUGGAGGAGCUGGAUGCGGACAAGGCGGAGGCGCGGGCCUCCCGGAUCCUCCACGGCCUGGGCUUCACGCCCCUCAUGCAGAGGAAGAGCCUGAAGGACUUCAGCGGCGGCUGGCGGAUGCGGGUGGCGCUCGCCAGGGCGCUCUUCAUCCGGCCCUUCAUGCUGCUGCUGGACGAGCCCACCAACCACCUCGACCUGGACGCCUGCGUGUGGCUGGAGGAGGAGCUGAAAAC